GACUCUCUCGGUGCCGGCCUCUCCCCGCAUCUUCACAUUACAGGACGCGCUUCAACACGUCCCGCCCGGAGCUCCCGAUAAAACGACCCACAGCGGCGGCCACGGCUCCGGAUUGGCAAAUAUCAAAGCGCUCGGACCAUUGGUAUUACACGCAGGAGGACCGACCGCGAUGUUAUUUAUCGGUGCCUUCACGAUAAAUACGUUUUAAAGGGAUAAACAGAGACAUAGAACAUAGCCGGGACAUCCCGUAUAUAGAACAUCCCUGCUGAGCCGAUAUCGCCAUUGCGGUUCCUUGGAAGUCGGGAAUAUAUUGAGGGCGAUAUUUAUUUGAAUGUAUCAGUGUGUUGGGUAUAUUGCACUGCCCUGCCCGGCACUGUGAGGCGGCGCUAGAAGGCAGACAGACAUGGAGACGGCUUCUCAGCUGCUGCUGAAUCUGACGGAGAUGCCGGGAGUUGCAGCGACAGCGGGGACCAGGGGCCGGAGCGGCUGCGAGGACGACCAGUGCCGCCAGGCAGCGCGUCCCGCCAAAGACCUCGAUCAGACCGUGCGGAUAUUUCUUUACUGCCUGUUCUUCGCGUUGAGUGUACUGGGGAAUGUGCUCAUCAUCGCCGUCCUGCUGAAGAACAAACGGCUGCGGACUGUAACCAACACCUUCCUGCUCUCGCUGGCGGUCAGCGACCUGAUGCUUUGCCUCUUCUGCAUGCCCUUCACCCUCAUCCCCAACCUACUCAAGAAUUUCAUCUUCGGGAGUGCUGUCUGCAAAGCUGUCGCCUACUUCAUGGGUAUUUCUGUUAGCGUUUCCACCUUCAGUUUGGUGGCGAUUUCUCUGGAGAGGUACAGUGCCAUCUGCAAACCACUUAAAUCCAGGGUGUGGCAAACCAGGUCUCAUGCCUUCAAAGUGAUUGCCGCCACUUGGUUGAUCUCAGUAACCGUGAUGUUACCGUAUCCCAUCUACAGCAAACUGGUCCCCUUCACCAGGGUCAACAAUAGCACCGGUAACAUGUGCCGCCUUCUCUGGCCCAACGACAUCACCCAGCAGUUCUGGUAUAUUUUCCUGUUACUGGUUCUCUUCCUGGUCCCCGGAAUAGUGAUGAUGAUUGCAUAUGGAUUAAUAUCCCGUGAGUUGUACAGCGGCAUCCAGUUUGAAAUGAGCCGGAGAAGGAAGAACCAAGAACGGAACAGCAACAGGGGCGCCAGGAAUUGUGAGGAUGGAGACGGGUGUUACAUGCAACACGUCAAACGCAGGAGGACAAUGGAGAUGCAGGGGUUAUCAAGCAGCAGUCGCGCUAAAUCGAGCAGAGCAAGAAGCACCAGUUCCACUGCGAACUUAAUGGCGAAAAAGCGAGUGAUUCGGAUGCUGAUUGUGAUUGUCAUCAUGUUCUUCAUCUGCUGGACUCCGAUCUUCUGUGUCAACGCUUGGCGAGCGUUUGACAAGCUGUCCGCCGACAGAUUCCUGUCCGGGACGCCCAUUUCAUUCAUCCAUCUGCUGUCUUACACAUCGGCCUGUGUAAACCCCAUCAUCUACUGCUUCAUGAAUAAGCGAUUCCGCGUGGCUUGCUUCGCCACUUUUGCCUGCUGUCCCCAGCAGCGUGUCCAGCUGAGAGAAGUGGAGGACGAGGGCCGGACUACCACCGCCUCCCUGUCCAGGAACACCUACACCAACGCCUCGCCCCCCUCCUGACCUGGACGCCACGACCUCAAUUAUAAUGUUCUCGCAUUGGCCCCGUCUAUUUACACAGAUAUUCGCCUCGUCCAAUUGACCACUAUUUAUUUCGUUUGCAAGCGAUGCGUCGAUAAUGACACAAGAAGAGAACGACCGUGAAAUCUGUUUCAAGAGUCAAGAGAGUUUUAUUGUCAUAUGUCCCGAAACGGAACAAUUAAGUUCUUACUUCCCGAGUACUGUAAACACCACUCUGUAAACACGUGACGACAACAAACACGCAAACAGACACCGCUUUCCCUGGACAUUAUUUGCAGAGAAUAAAACGCACUGCACAGUCGAGAUUACGUUUAAUUAUUCUUUCCGAUGCAUCUCUGUCGCCUGCUUCUUGUGGCCAUUCCUCAAACAUUGGCGGCAGGAAGAAGACUGGAUUGUAAGCAAAUGAUUAAAACAGUGAUUACUUUGCUGGCAAUGAUUAUGUUAGGGGAUUAGGGUGUGUGGCAGCCAGUGAGUGGCACGGGCUGAAGUAUCUAUUUCCGAUACGAGACUGACUACGUUGAGUCCGCCAGUUCACCAGGAGCGGAUGGGGGCAUCUGUCUGCCCUCGCCUGCCCGGUUGGACCCCCCUCUACCUCGCCUCCAUCAGCCAGGAGAGACAGCUGAAGCCGAUCUCGGCCUGAAACGUCGCCCAUUCCUCCUCUCCAGAGUUGCUGGCUAUCCCGCUGUUACCCCAGCAUUUUGUGUCUAUCUUCAGUCUCCGCCACAGUCGUUACAAAUGCGUCCGCGCGUUUACUUUGCCAGGAUCCACAGUCCGUUGACAGAAGCGGAAUCCUUGAAUUACGUGUAACCAGAUGUCUGUAAGAUCGGUGCACCCGUCCAGCCCUCAAAGUCGCCACGCUUGCCCCGCUGCUCUAUGUUUGGUUUUCCAAUAAACGACAAAUGCACAUCA